UGCAGAUGACAAUGAGCUAUGCUCUUCACCGCUUUGGCGCACCGAACAAUCGGUUUGGCUCCGUACUAGCGCGUAAAAUGUAAAAUGCACGUGAAUUCCUUUGUUUCAGCUUUGAGUAUGGCAGUUGAGUGAAAUCGCGACUUGGUUAUUUUAUAAUUCCUGCGUCUUACCACGCGCACAGAGUAGAUUGAUGACCUGAUUGUUCUCUUCAGAAGCCAGAUGGAGAAUCCCGCAAAAUACCUCUCAUCGGUGCAUGAGAGCCACUCCGUCCCGUUGCCUUUCGAAGAGAUCAUGUGGAACGCAACUGAAUCUGAAGCGACGUCCGACGGCAGAAGGGAGUUGAUCAUCCGGACAGUGACUGGAUGUUUGCUCUCCCUCCUAAUUUUAUGGACACUGCUGGGGAACAUUAUGGUAUGCACUGCCGUGCUCCGAUUUCGGCACCUACGAACUAAAGUAACCAAUACUUUCAUAGUUUCCUUAGCAGUGUCGGAUUUAUUUGUUGCAGUUCUGGUCAUGCCAUGGAAAGCGGUAGCCGAAGUUGCGGGAUAUUGGCCGUUUGGUACUUUUUGCAAUGUAUGGGUGGCGUUUGACAUUAUGUGCUCAACUGCGUCCAUUCUCAACCUCUGUAUAAUCAGCGUGGAUAGAUACUGGGCCAUAUCGAGUCCUUUCCGAUACGAGAGAAAAAUGACUCAACGAGUUGCCUUUGUUAUGAUAAGCGUCACGUGGACUUUGUCUGUACUCAUUUCAUUCAUACCUGUCCAACUAAACUGGCAUAAAGCCAGUGACGACGAUAUAAUUGGAGAGCUCAAUUCAUCCACUGUUAAAGCAGUGGAGGAAAAUUGUGAUUCGAGCCUCAAUAGAGAAUACGCUAUAUCUUCGUCUUUGAUAAGUUUCUAUAUCCCUGUAGCAAUUAUGAUUGUGACAUACACGAGAAUCUAUCGGAUUGCUCAAAUACAAAUAAGAAGGAUCGCUUCCCUUGAGCGUGCAGCGGAACACGCGCAAAGUUGCAGGACCACCAGACUGGAGUGCCAACACCACAAUACAUUGAAAACAUCGAUUAGAAGGGAAACCAAAGUUUUGAAAACUCUAUCGAUUAUAAUGGGUGUCUUUGUGUGUUGCUGGUUACCUUUCUUUAUCUUAAAUUGCAUAGUCCCAUUUUGCGACAGACCCUCGACUGACCUAAACGCUGGUCUACCGUGCGUCAGUGAGACCACAUUUGAUGUCUUUGUGUGGUUUGGCUGGACUAAUUCAUCUCUGAACCCUAUAAUCUACGCUUUCAACGCAGAGUUCAGGAAGGCGUUUGCCAGCCUUUUAGGUUGUCGUAAUUUUUGUUCAGGCACACCCGUGGAAACUGUUAAUAUUAGCAACGAGAUGGUCUCAUACAACCAAGAUACCCUCAUUCAUAAAGAAAUCGUGAACGCCUAUGUCAAUAUGAUUCCAAACGUAGUGGAAUGCAUUGACCACGAGGACACAUUUGAUAGAAUAUCGCAACUUUCUCACAAUAAUGAAAAUGCCACAGAUUCUAUUUGUGACCUGGACGACUGUGAAGCAGACAUCAGUCUUGACAGAAUGACACCUUUCACUCCAAAUGGAUUACAUUAAAACGGCGUCACCUCGUGCGUAAAAGGAUGUAUUUCUUCAAACAAGAUUAUUGAGAUGUGAUGUUGUUGUUCCAUGCUGAAAAGUGACAUGUAUUGGUGUCUAAUAGCAUAAGAAAAUUAUGUUUCUUUUGUUUUAAUGUUAUAGCGUCUAUAUAUUUGAAGCUGAAGAAUUUAAUUCAAUUUAUCUUGUUCACUUGACUCGUCAAUGCGCUGUAUAUCAGAUCAUCCAUUUGACAGGUGGAGAGUAUAACUUUGUACGAUUCUAGUGUCACUUUUGUAGAAGAUUGACUUCAGAUUCAAAAAUAAUCGCUUGCUGCUUAUUCGUAUCCUGCCCGUGGUCUUGUUGACUGAGGGAUGAAAGCCUUAAAGGCAGUGCAACCACGCCAUUUCAUUACCAUGCAGUUGUUUAAAAGCCUUAUUUUCUUGAAGAGUUCAGUGUAAGUUUGACUCGCGGUAAGGAGGAAUGUUUCAAGACCACUUAACGUUGAAUUUAUUUUGUUCAAGAGCUCUCUCUCUCACGCACGCAUAUUUUGUCAUUUGAGCCAUUUUGCACGCAACAGAUCAGAAGGUCAAAAUGAAGAUGUAUUGGCUACUGUACAAAUUGGAGUUACAUCUGUAACAGUUCCAUUUCUGAACCAACUGUCUCCAGACUCAUUAUUAAAAUAAUUCUAAACGUUCAAGAUGAGACAUAUUUUCUGAGCAGUGAAGUUAAAUAGCCUACCCACUUCACUUAAUGUCCACUUUUUUAAUACUGUUCAGAUGACAUUAUAUGAAUGUAUACUGUCCUUCAAACAGUGACGUGUGUCAUCAGUGUUAAAUAAAAUGCUCUUGCAGAAAUAAGAAUAUAUUUGGGUGUUCGGUAUUAAUCUGCAUAAGGAAGUCUGGAAAUCUAUGUGGGCAAAGAGCUCUGAAAAAUGGUGCUUCUGUAAAACUGCAGAAUUAUUUUUGCAUGUAGCUGGUUUGAUGAUGAUCCAAGGCUGAUUGUUUUAAAGAUCAAUAAGUCUAAGAUGGUCAGAUAUUUAAUGUUUAGGACAGACAUCAGAAAUAAUAUUCAACCAUUAGAUAUUUGAAAUCAAUUAUGUUUUGAUGUAAUGUCAAGAGGAGGUUUCUGCAGACAGUCACUCUUGACACGUCUUGUGUUUUGGGUGCAUGCAUGAGAAAACUAUUAAUGUCUGGUUUUGAUACAAGGCUUUUGCAGCAUUUGCCUUUUGAGAUGUUUUUUUGUGUGACUACAUGACAAACACAGCUGUGUCCACCUGGCUAUGUCACUGUCAAUGUAAAUUAAGAUGGCUGUCAUGAGGUUCAGGAAUAAAAAUCCACAGUUUUUAUCUUGGAAAUUGCAGAAAUCCUGGCUAUUCCAAAAUCAAGGUUUUGUUUAAGAAAGAAAUGGGUGUAACCAAUUUGGAAGACUUUAUUGAGCAUGGACACGCUGAUGAGCCUAAUGCCACACACUGGCCGUAAAAUAUAUGAAAAGUGCUAUAGUGAAAAGUGCUAUAGUUUCUGACAGGUCCAUCUGAUAUGUAAGACAAUACCCUACUGUAUGCAUUCUAACCCCAU